UCUAUCUUUGAUCUCAUCUCUCUUGCUACCAUGAUGAACAUGAAGAGCAGCACUGCUCCUAAGAAGAAGAUGACGAUGAUGCCGAGGGGGUUCAUGUGCCACUCUAAGGCUACAACCGCCGUGUGCUUGAGCAGUGCCGAUGCAGCUCGGUCGGCGAUCAUUCCCGCUGCUAGAAAUACAAGAAUCAUCAGCAAUAACCACAAUGCCAGGUACUCAAGGAUCGUCGAGCCACGUAGGUUUGUAAAUCCAGCUGAUCAUGGUAACAAACCAGUCUUGUUGUCUUCCAUUCUCAAGGGACAGCCGGCUUUGAACUACCACCAUCACCACCAUCACCAUCACUACGCGAAGCCGAAGAUUUCAUUGCAGAAAACACCAUCAGUUCUACCCUCUGCAGAUAAUGUCUUCCAGGUGGUUGUUAUGAGGGUUGCUCUUCAUUGCCAAGGAUGUGCUGGUAAAGUGAAGAAACAUCUUUCUAAAAUGGAGGGGGUUACAUCCUUCAGCAUAGACCUAGAGACAAAGAUGGUAACUGUAAGAGGACACGUGUCACCUGUUGGAGUCGUGGAUAGCAUUUCUAAGGUUAAAAAGGCAGAGUUACUACCCUGCAGUUGAUUGAGUGAAAUCGAUGGAUCAGGUUAAAAAUAUAUUACGCAUAUGGGAGGAUAGGCUGAACCGAAUGCAAUUAAAUUCUUUGUGUUUAAUAUUUUGUCUAUCAAUUUGCAUGAAACUAAGGUGGUCCUUCCAUAAAUAAAUGGA